AUGGCUAGAACUAAGCAAACCGCGAGAAAAACCACUGGUGGCAAAGCUCCACGAAAGACUCUGGCUACAAAAGCUGCUCGGAAAAUGGCUCCAAUGGGAAUGCACGGAGGAAUUAAGAAACCGCAUAGAUAUAGACCAGGAACAGUGGCUUUGAGAGAAAUCAGGAAGUACCAGAAGAGCACAGAACUCCUCAUCAGAAAACUGCCUUUCCAAAGACUGGUGCGAGAGAUCGCGCAGAACUUCAAGCCAGACCUGAAGUUUCAGAGCCAAGCAAUUUUCGCGUUGCAAGAGGCAGCCGAAAGCUACAUGGUGGGUUUGUUUGAAGACACAAACUUGUGUGCGAUUCAUGCGCGCAGAGUUACGAUCAUGCCCCGUGAUUUGCAAUUGGCGAGACGAAUUAGAGGAAAUCAUUUGUAG